ACCCGGGCGGUUUGCGCGCAUCAUUUGUCCUGAGCGCGUCUUUUUGUGUUUUUCAUUGAAGUGACAGCGGAAGAUGCGCAGCCGCUGAGGAACGGAUUUAGGACAGACAACCUCACAACCCCCGGUGCGUGUCGUCUCUGCCUUUAUUUGGAGUUAAACACUCGUUCUGUUCCUGUGGCGGACGAACUGCUGUGGAUCGGAACCGGGAGGACUCAUACGAUCUGAUCCCGACUCGGUCCAUGUGGACGGAGACAGAAGACGCAGCGAGUGGAACUCGUUUCGAAAUGUGACAUUUAAUUACACUUUUAAAAAUCCGUUUCCAAUCAUAACUGGCAGCUUCGCAUCCGCCUUCGCUCUCCGUCGGAUUUGUUGACAUCGCUUAAGAGAUGGCGUUCCUACCGGUCUUUCUCCUCCUGCUGCUGACUGUUGCUCAUCACGCCAGCAGCCAAGACUCUGUGGACUCUGAGGCUCUUCCACGAGGCUGUGGCUGGGGUCUGAUACGCCCCUACACCCUCCUGUGUGACCUGGACUCUGUAUGGGGUGUGGCCGUUGAGUCGGUGGCUGCCGGCGGGGCACUGGCUGUCAUCUUGCUUGCUCUGGUCCUGCUUUGCCGCUUACGCUACAUCAGUGAGGCAGAGAAGCGCAGCGGUGUGGGACCCAUUCUCUUGCUGCUUCUUGGCAUCCUCGGUUUGUUCGGCCUAAGCUUUGCAUACCUGAUUGAAGAAGACGAGUCAUUAUGUCUGCUCCGCCGAGCCCUAUGGGGUCUCCUGUUUGCCCUUUGCUUUUCCUGCCUGCUGGUGCAGGGUGUCCGCCUGCGCAGGUUGGGUCGUGAGCGUUGCAGCCCUGGAGGCUGCGCACUCAUGGGCCUGGCGCUGGGAUUGAGUGCCGUGCAGGGCAUUAUAGCUGCUGAGUGGCUACUUCUGACCGUGCUGAGGGAGGGGCGUGCUGCCUGUCAGUACCUGCCUAUGGACUUCUCACUAGCCUGUAGCUACGUUCUUGCUCUUCUAAUGGCCGCACUGACCGCUGCCUCCCUAGCUCUGUGUGGGAAGACUUGUCAAUGGCGAUGCAGUGCUGUCUGGCUGCUGGUCACGUGUCUCCUGUCACUGCUGCUGUGGGUGGCCUGGGUGGGCUUCUACCUGUAUGGCAACGCCUGGUUGGGGAGGUCCCCGGAAUGGAAUGACCCGGCACUGGCCAUUGCUUUGGUAGGUCAGGGCUGGUUACUGCUGCUCUUCCAUGCCAUUCCUGAAUCCCAUAUCUGCCUGAGACCCCCGCCUCAGCCCACUGCCCCGGACUACUUUGACACCUCCCAAAACUCCACACGGCUGAGGGAGACCAGCUUUGAUGAAGACAUCCCUCUUUCUCACCGGCAGUUUGUGGAAAACCAGGGCUACGGAUACAACGAUGAGAACACUGCAGGCUUGCGGAGUGGCAGCAGCACUGGGCAGCACAACAGCAACACUGCUGCCAGGCCCAGCGCUCCUUUUCGCAGCAAUGUUUACCAGCCCACUGAGAUGACCAUGAUCCUGAACGGGGGAGCGGUUCCCUCGGCCCCUCCGACCUACACGGGGAGGCAGCUGUGGUGAGCAAGAUGACUGGUGAAGAGGAUCUGAGAAGGACAAGAGGAUAGAGAGGGUGAGGAGAGGUUCAGGAGGAGGGGCCAGCGUGGUUGGAAUGGACUAAAACAAGGAUGCCAACUGGGCCCCUUCAGUCUUUGUACAGACUUCAACUUUAAACACUGACCGUCUGCCAACCAACUGUUGUGUGUUAGUGUAUGUGUGACACUGGGAGAAGUUGCGGUAUGGAGGCCCGAGCUAAAGUCCUCUGAAAGCUCUUCUAGCACACAAAUUUCUACAGAUUUUUUUAAAGAAAUCAAAAAGUAAAAAUCUUAUGUUUUCUUUUGCCCCUGAGACUAAUCCAAGCACUGUAAUCAUCCCUGAAAACUGUGAAAUCCGUCACUUUUGUUUUGUUUUGUUUUUUUGUUUGUUUUUUUGCUCUUUUGCUACCUAUCUGUCUUUUCUGCUGCUUAUCACAACACUGGUGCUGAAGUGGAAACAUUUAACUCUGUCCUCCAUACAUUCACAGUGUAAGUAAAAUCAAAGCACAUGGGAGAGUGUACAGCCUGAGCCCCGCCUUCUUAAAAAGCUUCAACCCUCCAUAGAUGCGUACGUGAGAGAACGGCUGUUUUCUCUCACAAAUAUAGACACCAACCAAAUUUCAUUCCCAGCCCUUCAAAGUCUGCUUCCGCUUCCUCUGCACCGUCUGUGAAUAUCACCACUUCCGACUCUUCUCACUUUGCAUGGACACGUUGCAGAAUGUGAAACAAACUGUGAAGUCUGAACUGUGUUUGGGAUUUCAAGUGGCCACAAACACAACAGAAAA